GUCAAGUUCGUCCUAUAGGAGGCGGUAUGACACCUUGAUGCCGUUGCUGCACCAAGCCGAAGAAGAGGGAAAAAGCGACAACAAGUUUUCAAGAUGGUGCUAGAAAGUACAGUGGUCUGUGUGGACAACAGUGAAUAUAUGAGGAAUGGAGACUUUUUACCAACGAGACUACAAGCACAACAGGAUGCUGUCAACCUUGUUUGUCACUCCAAAACUCGCAGUAACCCAGAGAACAAUGUAGGCCUCAUCACCAUGUCCAAUAACUGUGAGGUCCUAGCCACACUUACACCUGACGCUGGCCGCAUCCUAUCCAAACUUCAUGCUGUCCAGCCCAAAGGGAACAUCUGCUUCUGCACCGGCAUUAGAGUGGCUCAUCUGGCCCUGAAGCACCGACAAAGUAAAAAUCACAAGAUGAGGAUCAUCGCUUUCGUUGGAAGUCCUGUUGAAGAUAAUGAUAAAGAAAUAGUCAAGCUGGCAAAGCGCUUGAAAAAAGAGAAGGUCAAUGUGGAUAUAAUCAACUUUGGAGAAGAGGAGGUAAACACAGAGAAGCUGACCUCCUUCAUCAACACUCUAAAUGGUAAAGAUGGAACAGGCUCCCACUUGGUCACAGUCCCACCUGGACCCAGCCUGGCAGAUGCUCUGCUGUCUUCUCCCAUCCUGGCCAGUGAGGGAGGCUCCAUGAUGGGUCUGGGUGCUAAUGACUUCGAGUUUGGUGUGGAUCCCAGUGCUGACCCAGAGCUUGCCCUGGCUCUUCGUGUGUCAAUGGAGGAACAGCGGCAGCGACAGGAGGAAGAAGCACGGAGAGUGGCUGCAGCGUCUGCUGCAGACACUGGCGCACCCACACCCAGCGUAGAUGAAACGGAGGAGGCGCUGUUGAAAAUGUCGGUGUCUCAGGCUGAGAAUGGAGCUCCUGUCCUUCCUGACUUCAGCAGUAUGACUGAGGAGGAGCAGAUCGCCUACGCCAUGCAGAUGUCCCUUGCUGGAGGAGAAUACAGUGAAAUGGACACUGGAGCGCCAAUGGAUGCAGACGACUCCACCAAGGACGACGACGACUAUGACGUAAUGCAAGAUCCGGAGUUCCUGCAAAGCGUGUUGGAGAACCUGCCCGGCGUCGACCCAAACAAUGAGGCCAUCCGCAACGCCAUGGGGUCCCUCGCACCACAAACUGGAAGCAAGCCAGAUGACAAAAAGGAUGAGGAGAAGAAAAAGUGAUGGGGAAACAAAUGUGAUUGUCUGGCACCAGAUGUGUUUCUAUUGAAAAUCUUCCUCUGAUCAACACAUGAAUUUUCAUGACAAAGACUGAUCACUUUUAAAGGACACUUCAACACAUGUAAUGUUACCUUAUUUGCAAUAAAAUGAUUGUGA